AUGCCUCUCAUCAAAACUACGGAAAUCAACGAGGACACUCGUGUCUUAGGAUAUGACCCGUUGCUGUCGCCUCAGUUCCUUCAAACCGAGAUUCCAGCUCUUGAUCAUGCCAUUGCCACCGUCCGAUCUGGCCGCAACCAAACGAUUGAGAUCAUCGAGCAGCGCGAUGACCGUCUCCUGGUUGUCGUAGGUCCAUGCUCCAUCCACGACCCUGAGACGGCCCUGGAAUAUGCCACUCGCUUAAAAGAACUCGCAGAUAGUCUCUCCUCCGACCUUUGUGUGAUCAUGCGCGCCUAUCUUGAAAAGCCCCGAACUACCGUGGGUUGGAAGGGGCUGAUCAACGACCCGGACAUUGACGAGUCAUACAAUAUCAACAAAGGACUUCGUGUUUCUCGUCGGCUCUACGCCGAUCUCACAAGCAUGGGAAUGCCCAUCGCAAGUGAAAUGUUGGAUACCAUCUCUCCCCAGUUCCUCGCAGACUUCAUCUCAGUUGGUGCCAUUGGUGCCCGCACGACCGAGUCACAAUUACACCGGGAGCUGGCUUCGGGCUUGAGCUUCCCCAUCGGCUACAAGAACGGUACGGAUGGUAACUUGACCGUUUCCAUCGACGCCAUCGGCGCCGCGGCCCAUCCCCACCGAUUCCUUGGUGUCACCAAGCAGGGUCUUGCUGCCAUCACCAAGACUUCUGGCAAUGAGCACGGCUUUGUGAUUUUGCGUGGCGGGAGCAAGGGCACCAACUAUGACUGUGAGAGCAUCCGGAGCGUCCGGGAAGCCUUGCGCUCCAAGAAACAGCGUGAGGUAAUCAUGGUGGACUGCUCGCACGGCAAUUCGAACAAGAAUCACCUUAACCAGCCUCUAGUGGCGAAGGACAUCAGUGAUCAGCUCCGGGAGGGCCAGGAUGCUAUUGUCGGGGUUAUGAUCGAGUCCAACAUCAACGAAGGAAACCAGAAUGUAUCUCCUGAGGGUCCCUCGGACCUGCGCAAAGGUGUCAGCAUCACUGAUGCAUGCAUUGACUGGGAGACGACCGUCACCGUAUUAGAAGAUCUGGCGGAGGCCGUACGUAUCAGACGGGUCGCUAAGGUUGAUAAAGCGAAUGGCAACAAUGGAGCCUCCCAUUAA